AUGAGCUGUCGCUGGUCGGGUCAAGACGAGAAAAGAGAAGGCAUGAAAGCUGAUGUCUUCCACCUACUGGGCGAAAAGGCAACUGCAACACUGAAGAAACAAUCCGAAUUCGGACCUCUGUCUGUAUCGGCGCAGCCAAAUCCGAUGCGGCUUUGCCCAGCUUCCAGCGUGGAGCAGGUCUCCUUCUCAAGUCAGGCUGCGCCUCCAAAUCCCCAGGAAUCCCCCAAGCCAAAGUUGGCAGCUGUCGUCACCCACUGUUUUAAUUCUCCUGUCUUUUCCAGAUUGUUCCUUGUCGCCCUUCUGGCCCCCGGAAGCUGGUUUCAGUGGGCUCCUGCAGAUCGGGUUGCUGUGGAGUGCUUGGGUAGCCUUGCCCGGCUCACACUGAAUCCGCGUCAUUUCCAGAACAAAUAUGUCAGCUUUGCUGCUGUUGACAAGUUUGGUCGGUCUUGGCCCAUAAAUCAGACCCUAGCUGCACAGUGUGGAUACACCAUCCUCCAGGACGUUUGGGGCAACCUCGAAUUCCGUGCCUCGUUGAUCAGCUGCUAUGCUCAGAUAGUGGGUGAUGAGCAAUUCAGUCUGACGUUCCAAAUCCUGACAGCCAUGGGUCCAGAGAUGCAUGAUCCAACUGAACUGGUGGUCCCCGUAACAUGUUCAUAUGGCCCAUGGCAGCCACGGGAAAUCGUCUGUGAGGCAAACUACAUGGAAGUUUCUGUGAGAAGGAAAGUACCACCAAUCCCUGAUGGCUUCCUUCAAGAUCAGCCAGAAGACUGGGCAGCUGCCUUCCCAGAGGCCAAAGCAGGACCACCGUCAGUUUGGCAAGUUGUCUUCCACAUGGACACCCAGAAGAAGGCAAUGCGGGUUGAGCAAGCUCAUGCUGUUGGCUAUGGAAUCAACACUACAGAUUCCAGGAUUGUGUUGAGGGCUUCCUACAAUGCAUCAGAAUCUCAGGAGCUGAAGGUCCAUGGUGUCCCCUUCUCUGCAGUGAGGUCCAGUACUUUCUACAAACAGCGUUGGAUGCUCCUGAUGGUGGACACCGCUGUGGCCUGUCCCAUAGAUGGAGUGACGUACACAAGCGAGACCAUCACUUGGACUAUCCCCAAAGGCAUGUCCCCUCUCAUGGUGGGAGUGAGCAGUGUCAAAGAACUACAGGUGGAGAUGGGUAUAAACUUAUCCAAGCUGCCUGCUCGAGACAUCGCCAGUCGAGGAUACUUGCUGGCCAGUGAUCAGGAUGCUAUCACUGUGCAGAUACCCGUUGGUUCCCCGGGUGGUACUUACAAGAGCUAUGUAGUUGCUGGGCAACUUGUAACUUCCUACAAAAUCAACCCCUUUGUAGAGCAUCUCUGGGAAGAUGAGCGGAGAGGCACUACGAAGCACACCAUCCUGAAAGAGAUCAGCACCCCUCCACAGCCUGUGCCAAUCACAGUCACGGAUGGUACCAGCAUCCCUCUCCAGCUGUUUAAUGUCUCUGUUGGGACCUUCCUGCCAGAUGUGGAGUUGGUCAGUGUGAAAGUGGAUAUUUUGGGCCCCUGGUUACUACCAGAGGCUGAAAAGCAGGGCUGUAAGGUAGUUGGAAAUCAGUAUCCCAAUAGCAGCAUGGACUUUGUGCUACAGAUCCCUUUUGGCACACCUGGAGUCAAGAAGCAGUAUGUGUCAGGCACUACCAGAAAUUACACCUUGAAUGUCACAUUUGGAUUCAGUGUGAGCCCCCACGCAGACACCUUUGAAGUCCCAGUCGCUCUUGUUGUCCUAGUCGAGGAUGCAGUGUUACCUCAGGCUACCGGCUCAUGUGAUGAUGAAGCCCUCUACUUGGUGGUGAGACGUGGCAACGUGGGUCAGGACUGGCUGCCCUUCUUGGGGGACACUCUCUUGAGUCAGGAGAUGGCUCAACAGCUUGGAUACAGCAUCCAUGACAAUGGAACCCACCUCGCCCUGAAAGUACCUCGGCAUGCAGCCCACGUGGCUUGUGAGGAAGUAAACUCUUCUGGGAUUGUGGUGAACUUCCAGUUGCUGCUGAAGGACUCCGUCACUCAAGCAGAGAUGAUGGACUUUUCAGUUGCCUGCAGCUUCUCUCCUAAACAUCUCAUUGACUGUUUCCCUAAUGGCACAAUGGUGGUCUCUGCCUUGAAGCUGGUCGGUAUCCCGGACAUGAAGCCCUCCAAUCUGGUGCUGAGAGACAGACGCUGUGGGCCAGCUGUGGUGACAGAGGAAGGAGCUACGUUCAUCUUUAACGUGAGCACAUGUGGAACGACCCGCGAGUUCAAGAAUGCUACCAUGACAUAUGAAAAUGAAGUCCUGUACAUCCCUCCAGGCCAAGCAGCUCCAGUCUAUCAGUUGAAAUGUGCUUGCCAGUACAUGAUCAGCGAUGCCCUAUUGCUUCAGUACAGUCCUGCAGAAGCUCCAUCACCAAGUAUCCGUCCAGGAGUUGGGCCACUAACUCUUGCCUUGAAGCUAGCCAGAGACCAGUCCUACAGGAACUUCUACCAGGAUGCAGAGCACCCAGUUACUCGGUACCUUAGAGAACCCCUCCACUUCCAGGUAGAGCUGCUGAGUAGUCAAGACCCCCAGCUGGAAUUAUUUCUGGAAGACUGCUGGGCCACAGCAUCAUCGGACAGGAACAGUUCUCCACAGUGGAACAUUGUGACAGACAGUUGUGAGAACUCAGAGGACUCCCAUCAGACCGUCUUCCACAGAGUUCCCCAUGGCUCUGUCCCAUUCCCUGCACAUAUGAAGCGAUUUGAAGUUAAAAUGUUCACGUUCGUUGUGGAUGGCCAAGCUCUAGAGGGAAAGGUCUAUUUCCACUGCGGUGCAGUUAUCUGCGAUUCUACGUGGCCAUCAUCUGAUGCCCUUUGUGCUAGGCACUGCAUUCCUAGAAGGCAGAGAGUAGGCCGUAGUAUUGAUUCCCCCAGUGAUCGACAUGGGUAUGUCUCAUCUGGAGCAAUUGUCCUCGGGAGGAGAAACCAUUCUUAAGCAGCUGGCGACAGAAAGAUUUGAUUG